CGACAGAUUUGGUGGCGACGUUUAAGACGACGGAAUACGGUGCUGCGGAAUCGAGGAACAACGUGGCAAAUGUCCAAAAUGUUGCGGAUAGAAUUGGUGGGCCUGCUACUGUUGGCCUGCACGCAAAUCCUUACGGAGCACCGCGACUUUCGCGAGUCGCGGGACCAGUAUGGCUACCACCAGCGCUUCCACGACUCCCCGGAGAGAAUGACGAGAGAGGUGCGCGUCAAGGAGGGCCGAUUGCGCGGCAUCGUGGUCCAGCCCAGAACCAAUCACAACUUGCAGCUGGUCGACGUCUUUCUCGGAGUUCCUUACGCGGAGCCUCCCGUGGGAUCCUUCAGAUUUUCACCGCCCCGCUCGCCGCAGCCGUGGCGCGGGGUGCGCCAGUCGCAGGAAUUCGCCCCAGUUUGCCCGCAAGUCUUGCCGAAUCUGCGGGAGGAGGUGAAGCCGGGCAGGUACGAGUAUCUGGAGAGACACUUGCCGUACCUGAAGAACCAGAGCGAGGACUGUCUGUACCUCAACAUCUACGCUCCUCAUCAGCCCGAAGGCCAGAAAAAUUUGAGGAGGUACCCGGUCAUGAUGUUCAUCCACGGCGAAAGUUUCGAGUGGAACAGCGGCAAUCCUUACGACGGCGCCAUAUUGACGGCCUACGGCAACGUUGUUUUCGUUACAAUUAACUUCCGACUCGGCAUCCUAGGUUUCCUAAGGCCCGGGAUUAGAGACGACACCGCAAGUAAUUUCGGACUGCUGGAUCAAAUAGCGGCACUGCUCUGGCUGAGGGAAAACAUCGCGGAGUUCGGCGGCGACCCUAACAGCGUCACUUUGAUCGGUCAUGGAACCGGAGCUAUCUUCGCUAAUCUACUUCUAAUCAGUCCGGUUACUAACAAGAAAGGAUUGUUCAAACGGGCCAUUCUGAUGUCGGGAUCAGCAAUGAGCGCGGACGCCAUCGGCAAGGCGCCAUUGCAAAUUACCAAGCAGGUGGCGCACGCUCUCAACUGUCCCACCACCAGCGACAGCGAACUGGCGCUCUGCUUGCGCAACCAGGACGUAGACAGGCUGCUACACGUGAAAAUCCACAAGCCGAAAUACGUGCCGGCCUACGCACCGUUGAUCGACCGCGCCGUCAUCCCCGACAAGCCGCUCAAUUUAAUGGAGAACGUCCAGCUCUUCGGCAGGUUCGAUCUGAUGUACGGUAUAACGGAAUCCGAGAAAUUUCACAUCCUGCCACCAGUUGCUUUGUUACACGGCAUGCUUGAUGGACAACGAGAUGAGAUCCUGCGAGACCAUGCCAAAGCGACGCACGAGCUCGAGCCGGAGCUGAUCCUGUCAAAAGUGCUGGAGCAGUACGGCGACUUCUCGAGCGGUUUCACGAAAGAGUACGCGACGAAGAAUCGGGACAUGGUGCUGGAGGCGCUCUCCGAUAGCGGCACCGUGGCGCCGUUAAUAAUGACUGCCAAUUUGCAUUCAAGGGCGAACCCGAAGAGCUACAUGUACGUCUUCUCGCAUCCGAAAGCUAUGCAAGACUACUCUGGCCAACAACGUCAACACACAGUGCACGGAGAAGAGUUGCCCUAUGUACUGGGUGUCCCAUUAGACGGCAGCAAGUACAACUUACGGGGUCGAUAUGACAUCAGGGAGACACUGUUUUCAGAAGCCAUAAUGAAUUGGUGGUGCAGCUUUGCUUAUAUCGGGAAUCCCAACGUCGCGAAGCGAUAUCCCUAUCUGACUAGCGUGUUCAAGGAAUGGGGUCAGUAUGAGAUCGAGUGGCCGGAAUACGAUCCUGCCAAUCAAACGUAUUUCAAUCUAACCAUACCGCCCAACGUAGGCGCGCACUAUCGUUCGGCGGAGAUGCAGUUCUGGAAUGAGGACCUGCCCAAUCUGCUCAGGCACCCGAAUAAAGACAUCUCGGGCCCGACACGACCGAGAGGACCGCGACCGCAGAUUCUUGACUUCGCCGACGGGAUUGGCAAAUAUGUCAACAAUACCGCCAACCGGAAGCACAACGGCCACGAUACUGGGUACGCGCCCUCGUCCAGCGUCGCAGAUUCCAGCACGGAGGGGACGCCAUUUUCACCUGUGGUUACAACGGCUGGGGGCGUCGGGGAGGGCUCGACGAUAGAGCCGAGCACGUUAAGAACCUCGUCGGCGAUGAUGAUGGUGAUUGUCUUUUUCGUGGUGUUUAUACUGAUAAACUUCACGGCCUUCCUAUACAUCUAUUAUAAGAAGCAGAACGUGAAGGGAAAAGAGAAGUCGUUGAAGAGACGCGGCAGCGAGAAGAAAAACGAUUCUGUCAAGAGGUCGAAGACUGAUAAACACGAGAACCAUUACGGCCAGCUAGGCUACAAAAGCGACAGCAAGCCAGAUUUGAACGACGUGAUAAAGAACGACAAGGCAUACGACAACAACUCCAACUUUGGACGCAGAUCGAAGCUAUCGAGGCAGAAUUCCAGCUCCACUAUUGACACCCACAUCAAGGUUCGGGAAUGGAUUCAGCAGGAGAUUGUGCACAGAUGUUCGCCGAGGUUCUUACGUAAAACGCGAGAAACAUUGCAGAAGGAGCAUCAGGAGAAGCUGAGCAAGCAGCAGCAAGAAGAGAAGCAGCGCGUAGAGGAGGAAGCGUCCAAGGAGAGGAAGGACGAGCCGAUAUACGACGAGAGCCCGGCGCUGGUGGUGCGCCCCGGGAAAAAGUCGAAACUGCCCAAAAUUUCCGUGGCCAUUGACGCCACGCCGGCGACCAGGACGGAGUCCAUUCUGAAUCAGAUGCCGAUCGAGUUAACGAAGAGCAUCGAGGCGGCGAACGUGUACGAGCCGAGCUCGCAGCAGUUGAUGACUCCCGAAGUGAUCGUCAUAGAGCACCAUCAUUCGCGGAGCGACCCGUUGCCGAUGGAGACCGUUUUGAAAACGAUGAAGCCGAAUUUCUCAGCUCCCAGGAUUCACGAGUCGGACUCGGGAAGCGCGAGCAGCCUGUACGCGAAGAUCAACCCGAAGCUGAAGUCGCGUCUGCCCCGUCCCGGCGUGGGCGCGAACGCGGAGGCGCCGUUGCCCGAGGAAUCCAAGUACGAGGGUCUUCGGGAUGAAGAGAUCUACAUGAAGACCGGGCCGGUCCUCACGACUUUCGGCACGAGCGACGUAAACGUGACGUGCCGGGAACCCACCACGGAGAGGGAGUGCAUCAGCCCCGAGGAGGCCCUGAAGACGAUAAAACGUCGAAACUACCCCAAGGUGCUGCCGGAUAUCGAGAAGAGGCGAUCGCUUCCGGCGCCGAGCAGCCUCUUCGUGCCGAAACAGUACGCGAAUUCGUUAAAGGACUAUAAGAACGGCAAUCGCGCCAACUUGGUCUCGAAUCAGCCGCCACUGCCACCCCCGAGGAUAUUUGGCACCUCCAAGAGCUUGGAGAAGAGCAGCGGCUUCCUCGCCGAGGAAAACGAGAGCCAGACCGAGAGCGAGCCGAUGACGACGAACCUGCACGUGGGUCCCUUGCUAAAAAGACCGGACUCCGCGAGAAAUAACUCCGAUCCCAAUAUAAUCGAUUCCUUGGACGGAAAUAGAGGUGUCCAGGCUGGCGGAAGUGUCGACGCUAUUUAUGCUAAUCCGAGGUGUCCGCUUCACGGGAGUCGAUAUCCCGUCGCGCCGAGCUCGCACAGCGUCGGCGACGAUCUCGGCAAGGCUUCCGGGCUUUUGAACGCGGGCAACCCCAAUUGGUACAAACCGGCAGCGGGCGAGUCGUCAGCUAUAAUGACGUCGACCGCGUCGGAACCGCAGAUCGCGAUGAGCGGGGACGAGAGAGGCGCCGCUGGCGUCGCGACGCCGACGGUAGAACCGAAGAUCGUGAUCGCGCCGAGGGCGGUUAAUCCGUGCCAGGUCAAUCGACAGCCGAGCCCGACGGCGCGUCCCGAGGACAGGAUCGAUCGCGAGCCGUGGGCGAUUGGAGGAUCGUCGGAGGCUUCGAGCACUUCCGGCGGCUCGAUGACUUGGCGGGAGACGGAGAGGAGGGAGCCGCGGAUAAUCAUCACCGCGCGGGAGCCCAAGAAUUGCGCCCCGGCGAGCAGUCUGAAGCAGCCCAAGAUCAUCAUAAAGCCAACGGCGACUCUGCCGAGGAGCAGGGAUCAAAGGAAUAUACCGAAGGUGUCAGCCAUACCGUCGCCGGAACAGCAGAAUUGUCAGAACAGCGAGCGAGAUAGGGCGCUCGAGCAAAGGGAAAAGCCCUCCCUGAGGGAGAAGCCGAGGGUCACGAGGAUACCGUCCUUCUCACGCAGGCGGGAGGAGCCUGGUAUUGAAAAGCCGUCGUACGUAGAGAAGACAGAAAUCGCGCCGAGGGCGGAGGCGGCGGCCAGUAAAAUCACAAACGCGCCAUCGACACCCGACGCCAGGUCGGGCAUACCUAUGCCGGCGACAACGAUGACGCCGAAGAGCGAGAAGACCCCCAGCACGGACUCGUCGUCCGCCAGCAACGGGAAUUCCAGUAACUCGAAUACCGGUACGAUCAAACGGAAGCCGGCGAACAAGAAAUAAUUGGCCGGAGCCAAUUCGAGUGCCACGUGUUAUGUCCCGUCCUAUUUCGCGAAACGCGUAGAUGGAAUGCAGAUGGGGUCUCUAUACCAUUCCGGCCAAGUGUCGAUAUAGUCCCGCGACGGCGCCCAAUCUCUUCCACGAGACAUUCGCUAACGCGCCCACGCGCGUAAUUCGUAAUAGCAACGUAAUUAGCAAAGCGCCAUUUUCUCUCUACGUUUACGUCCAAAUCGUUUUCGCUCUUCCUUCAAAUCUUUCCUUAUUUAUGCGACGCCGAACUCGUCGAACCGUAAGAUCCUUCUCUUUAGAAUUAAUACUAUUUAUUAGGGGAAAGUCCUUUAUCACGAGAUAAGCUCCUGAUACGAGAUAUCGGGGUUUCUGCUAAAUUUCUAUGGGCCUCAUCUGUUGGUUCCACCAUGAAUUUAUCGCCCUUGGAACGAAAUCUACUCAUAGAUCGCGUAAUUGUCGCGGAAAAAGACUGAUUUUGAAAACCUGCUGUCUCGUAUUAAAAGCCUGUCCCAUGAUAUGGGACUCUCCCCUACUAUCCUGGACGUUCGAUAACGCGUGUGGUACCACAGUUUAGCGACGCUAGCGCACUUUUUAUUCGAAUAUAACUUUUGUAUUUAUAAUAAUAUAACUUUUGUUAUUAAUUGUAUCGUACUAUUUUUCUACGACUAAUUAGAGUUACGCGACAGACGCGCACUUAAUCCAAUUGUAUAUCGUGUAAAUAAUAACGCUGUGAACGUUUAAUUUUACGAUCUAGACCGGCGAACCCGCUCCCGCGUACGUUUGAGCGACUUUCAAUCGACCAACAAAUGUCGAUUAUGCGUCAUGAGCUUGGAUGUUAAUAAUUUUCAAGGCACUCGCUCUUUUGUACGCCCAUACGUAAACUUUAUACGAUGUGAAUAAACGUUUUUCGUACUUUUUCAACAGAAAACUCAAAAUGGGAGCGCGUCCCAUCGCCGAUUCAUCAUCUCCCUUCCCCCCUUUUCGCGCAAACGCCGCGCCGUGUAUCCCGUGACGUUACACGCGUCUCGCAAACUUUGUUAUUAAGUGAGGCAGCUCUGUAAGUCGCGCAGAUGCAGCGGGGAACGACAAGCUAAAGUGGUUGGCGAGUUCUCACUUAUAUUACCGGUGGAUCGAAUUGAUUUUCAAAGUUCGCCCGAUAAUGGGAUUCUCCUCGCCUCUAACGUCGCCGCGCGGAAAGGAAGAGGCCAUUUUCACGCGAGCUCUCUUCUCCCCCCUGCAAUCAGUCUGUCUCCAUCUUCUGUCGCUCAUCUCUUUCGCCCUCCUUUUCUCGUGUUUUCGUUUCAUCUUGUCCCACGUCAUUCGACCCGUUCGAAAGCGUCACCCUGAUCAGGGUUCAAGGAGCGAAAAAAGACGGUGCGAGUGUUUUGACGGGACUUUCGGCGAGUUUUUGGCGAAAUUGAGUUUCCAAAAAUGGUGCGACGUCUAAUGGCACGGUGUAGAAGAACGAGUUUUACGAGAAAAUGAUAUCCGAGGGCAGAGACGGAUAAGAAAGCAAUUGUUGCGCAAAUUUUUUCUUUAUAAGAAAGAAACAACGCUCGUUGAAUGUGCAAACAAGUAUCAAGGAUCAAAAAGAUACGAGCGGUACGUUAUAUUCGAUAAAAAAUAGUCUAUUAACUAUACGAUGACGCUCAGACUGUACGAAGUCCCCAUCGAUACCGUUAAAAAGGUGAAAUGUAAAUUAAUCGAAUAAAUCAAUUAAAAAUAGCGAGGCAAUAAAAACGUACCGAGGGUACAACGUAUUAAAAGGUCAGUGAUAUUCGCAGAAUUUAUUAAUUCGCAACUUUUUAUUGAUUUGUUCGAACAAUUUACAUUUCACAUUUUUAAUGAUAUCGAUGAAACUUUUUAUCGCCGGAAACAAUUUGACUUUAGACCGAUCCAAAGUAUUGUCUGCAAAUUAUCGAGGCUGAAUUACAUACAUGUAUUCGGGCCCCACGGCUCGUGUGAGCGAAGCUCAUCAGUUUAGCCCGCUGAACUGCAAGACACGAGUAAUCUGACAGCGAUAACUCGGCCAUAUCCUCGGAGCAUGCAUCGCUAAGUUGGCGCUUAGAUGCCGGUGUUGUCCUCUACCUUAUGCGACAGCGCGUAACCAGUAAUCAUCCACCGCACACGACGAAUGGGGGAAGGCCCUGCGGUCGCUGUGACAGUUGCGUGGCACUGCGUGACCCAUUGUCAGAGUGAUAUACUAUCAGAAGUAACGGAGGGAACAAAAGCCAGAGAUCCUGUCUUCUACAGAUGCCCCCCUCGAGGCCGGAUUCCGAUUUCUGUAGAAUCACAAUAAUCAUGACGGCGAAAUGGAAUGACAAUCUUCAUUCUUUAUCUUAGAUCUUUGUCGUCUGAACAUCAAAGUUUUUCUUUCGUGUAUUUAUAAACUGUAAAAAUUAUCCCACAAACUGACGAUUGAAAAGAUGUCGAAGUCUCAAAAAAUCUACAUUGAGUCUAGCUAUCGAAAAAAUAUUAUUAUAAUACGUUAACGUGCAUGAAUAACAUUUUUCCGAUAUUUAAAUAAAUUGGAGGAUUGAAAAAUAUUUCAAAUUCGAUAGGAUACAACUAUUCGUGUGGUUUCUCUUAUUUCGCGACGGCGAAAUGGAAUCUUAAUUUUCAUUCGUCAUCUUAGAUCUUUGCCGUUUGACUAACAAAGUUUUUCUUUCGUGUAUUUAUGAAAUGUAAAAAUUAUCUCACAAACUGACGAUAAAAGAAAUGUCGUCGAAAUCUCAAAAAUCUACAUUGAGUCUAGCCCUCGAAAAAAUAUUAUUAUAAUACGUUAAUGUGCAUGAAUAAUAUUUUUCCGAGAAUCCUUCUUCAAAAAAGAGAUAUUACCAGCGCGAAUGUCGUUAAUAUCGAACAGUUGAGACCUUUUUGCCGCGAUGCCGAUUAGUUCUCUCGAAGGGCGGUGUGCUUCACUUCUUUUUUAGAUUCGUCUCAUGUUUCAGCUCGCACCUGAAUUUUGACAGUUGUGCAAAAAUAUACUUAAAGAAAGUUAGAGACUAAACAAAAAGUUAAAGAAGAUUAAGUUAAAGUUAAACAUCUAAUUGAGUGAAGAAGAAUGAAAGAAAGUCUCAUUCUUCUGAUGAAAUGCAACGAUAACUAAUCUUCUUUUUAAAAAGGUAUGUAAGACGAAUUAUUAACGCUGUUCCGCGAUACUGAUUUUCUUGCUUGGCUUUGUAGUGCGAGUAGCUGUCAGCGCGAAAAUCAUGUAAUAUGUAU